AUGAAUGAUUUGACGCUCCCGCGAGUAAACGAGUUGUUUGAGGAAUUAGAAGAAGAAAGUCGGAUUUUUGUUGGCUCUGUCGGGCGGCUACAAAUGCCUGUUUGUCCGCUCGCCUUCCACCGCGAGUACGUAGCUCCGAACCGUCCGGUAAUAAUUCAAGGACUAAGUCGAAACUGGAAAGCAUCGGAACGAUGGAGUCUGGAUUACUUGCGUCAGAUUUUAGGUGACGACAUUUGCCAAAUAUCUGUAGUGCCGGAUGGGCUGGCGGAUGCAGUUGUAGACGGAAAAUUCCAACUUCCUGAAGAGCGAAAGGUCAAGUUCUCAUUCUUUGCCGAUGUUAUCGAAGGGAAGAAACAGCCAGAAGACGGGGGAAUUUACUACUUGCAGCGGCAGAACAGCUGUUUGACUGAAGACUACCCUAAGCUGGCGAAGGACGUUCCAGACGAAAUCGAAUUCGCCACUGCCGCUUUCGAGUUCCGGGUUCAUUUUCUAAAUUUAGCAGACUUUUGUGGCAAAGCUUCAGUGUCAUCCCUUCAUCGAGAUCCGUACGAAAACAUUUACACUGUUAUUCGCGGAAAGAAAAUUUUCAAGCUGUUCCCACCAACUUCUCGCGGGAAAAUUAUUUACAAAGAGUUCCCGGUUGUUCGAUGUCAUUUCAACCAGUCAUUACGAAAGUGGGAGAGGAAGAGUGAAAAGGGAAUCGACUUUGUGAAAUGGAUUGAGAACGGCGUGAAUGGAGUUGCCUCUGAACCAAUUGUAGUCGAAGUAAAUCCAGGGGAAACUCUCUAUCUCCCUGCAGGCUGGUUCCAUCAAGUUCACCAAGAUGACAAAACGAUAGCGGUGAACUAUUGGUAUGACAGAGCUUACGACCAGCGUUAUGCAAAAGAGCGUUUCCUCGAUCAACUAGCGGAAUUAAUUCAUGAAACUUAA